AUGGCGCCGCUGCGGCGCGCGCGGCCGCUGCCCUCGCGCGUCGCGGCGCGGCGGCGCUGCGCGACGACGGCCCCCGAGAGCAAGGCCAUCGAGCCGCCGAGCCGGGCGCAGCUCUGGCGGCUGGCGCUGAACGUCGGCGUGCCCUUCGUGGGCUUCGGCUUCGCGGACAACCUCAUCAUGAUCCUCGCCGGCGACGCCAUCGACAAGUCCAUCGGCGUGACGCUGGGGAUCUCGACGCUCGCGGCGGCGGGCAUCGGCAACCUCCUGAGCGACAUCGUCGGCAUCGGCGCGGGCGACGUCAUCGAGCGCUACGCGAACGUGAUCCUCGGCAAGUCCAAGUCGAAGCCGCUCACGACGGAGCAGCUCACGCACCGCGCGUCGCGCGCCGUCAAGGGCUGGGCGUCCGCGGUCGGCAUCUCCGUCGGCUGCGUCAUCGGCAUGUUCCCUCUGCUGUUCCUCGGCGAGAAGAAGGAGCUCUAUUUCACGUCCGAGGAGAUGGCCUUGUACGAGUCGGUGCUGCGGCCCUACGGCGUGUCGCCGCAGAACUUCUUCUCCAUGAUGCGCCUCGCGAAGUGGCGCGAACUGGAGCCCGGCGAGGUCUUGGUGAGGGCGGGCACGAAGAUGGACCGUAUUGUGGUAUUGGCCAACGGGUCCAUCGACUCCUACGAGCCGGCGUCCGACGGCGGCCUGAAGCGGCUGUACCGCUACCGCGCGAAGCGGGACCUCGCCGAGGGCGGCGCCGCGCCGGCGAUGGACAAGGGCGGCGCGACGGUGCCGAUCCGCGGCUGCGUCAUCGGCGGCACGGCGCUCCUGGACGCGUCCGUGCGGGACCACCCCUACCCGUCGACGACGAUCGCCGCCGAGAAGACGAGAGUGGUCGAGUUCGACUACGGCGCGCUCCGAAAGGACAUGGACGAGAACCCGGCGAUCGAAGCCGCGAUCCUGAACAUCCUCUACUUCGAUCUGGUCGAAGGCCUGCGGCGCCGGGGCCAGUACGACUUCAGCGCCGAGCAGAAGAAGCGCGAGCCCAAGUCCGCCGAGGAGCGCACGGCGACCUACGCGCUGCUCAUGCAGGUCGUGCUCUCCGACGGCGUCGUCCACGCGACGGAGCGCGAGUUCCUCUCCAAGUACGUCAUCGAGCACUCCAUCACGGAGGCGGAGCACCGGGCGGCUUUGGCGUCCCAGGGCUGGACGUCCGCCCAGUGGGACGCGGGCGUCCAGGACGGGACUUCGACCCCCACGUCGCAGAUCCGCACCGCGAUCCCGGGCCUCCUCAAGCAGGCGGGCAUCAAGUCGCGCAUCACGAAGGCGUCGGCCACGGACGACGACGCCGCCCCGCCGCCGCACAAGGGGGGCGACCGCGAGCUGCUUCUUCAGGCCACGGUCUCGUCGCCGUCGUCGCUCGCGCCGGAGAACAGCGAGUAG